CUAACAGCCAGGUGAGCCGCUGCAGGGCGUGGUUCUUUCUCUCAGGGAGCAGACUUUGCUUUCCCCCCCUCUGUUUUUCCUCCUCUUUCGCUGAGUCGGAGUACGAAGCUCACAUUUUCUCCUUUGGAAGCUUUAAAUCCACAUCUGGGAGCCAUGAGUGGAAUGCAGUGCAUCAAAUAUGCCAUGUUCAUCUUCAACUUUCUCUUAUGGCUUGCAGGUACCGGAGUGCUGGCUAUGGGACUAUGGCUGCGGUUUGACCCCAGGACUAGAGACCUGUUUGAAAAAGAAGAAGCAUUCACAGUCUUCCUCACUGGGAUGUACCUCCUGAUAGCUGCAGGAGCUCUGAUGAUGGUUGUGGGAUUCCUGGGAUGCUGUGGAGCCAUUAAAGAGUCUCCAUGCAUGCUGGGACUGUUCUUCCUCUUCCUGCUCCUCAUCUUCGCUGCUGAAGCGGCUGCAGGUAUCUGGGCAUUCAACAACAAGGAGAAGCUGACUGCAGAUGUUAAGGAGUUUUAUAGGGAGACCUAUAAAAAAUACCAGAACUCCAAACAGGAUGCACUGAGGGAGACCCUCCGUCUCGUCCACUAUGCGCUGGAGUGCUGCGGUCCUACAGGAACAGCGCUUGAUUUAGUCAAAGACAUCUGUCCUAACGCGUUGCCUAAAGGUCUGUCUGGAAUGAUUCUCACCUUGUUGUCAUUUUUCUUCCUGCAGAUCUUUGGGAUGAUCUUCAGCAUGAUGCUUUGCUGCGCCAUCAAGAGGUCCAGGGAUUUUGUGUAAACAGAAAAAAAUGUAUAUUGUUUUAUCAGACGACGUCAUUUUUUUGUAACCUGCUGCUUCAGAGUGUAAACUAUUUUAACGCUAGACGUCGGUCAUUCUUUGGUUUGCUAGUUUAGGUUCAUACAGGAUGGUCCCAUAGACCUGUGAGAGUAUGAAGCUUCUGCACUGAUGUCUUUGAAUUCCUCUAAGUUUGGUUUGCAGGCAAAUUAUUUUUGUACACAAAAAGCUAAACUGAACUUAUUUUUGUUUUUUGUUUACCAAAAUCGAAUAGAAAAUUUUAGUUUUCAAGAAGAAUGUAGGGAACCUUUAGAACUUUGCUUCCCUCUAGUGGACAUGUCUGCCAAUUUUUAUUUUUUAAAAUGUUAAUAUUCUGUUUUUGUUACAAAAUGCACUAAAAGUAACUGUGCUAAAGCCUGUUUAUUAUUGGAUUACUAAAUGCUUUAUUAGGACAUGGUAAAUAUUUUUUUUAAAGCAAGAAUUGUGGAAUUUUAUGCAAAUAUUACGAUGAGGUUCACAUGUUUAAGAUGUAAAGUACCUAAUAAACAUGGAUUUGUGUUA